GGUAAAACUCAUAGACAUAAUAAAUACAUAGACGCCCUAUUGGCCGCUGGAGCGUACGUCAACGGGCCGCCAUUUUGCGGAGGGCAACACUCCCAUUUCUCUCAUAACGGGAGUUGAGGAAAAAUGCCUGCCUCAUGUGCUGCUUGGGGCUGUACAAAUCGCCGCACUAUUGAAAACAGGUCUCGGGGAAUUACUUUUCAUAAGUUUCCCAAAGACAAAGCGUUGAGGAGACAGUGGGAAGUAGCUAUACGAAGGCAAGGUUUUUCCGCAAGCGAUUUCUCUGUGCUAUGCAGUGAGCACUUCAAGUCGGAUGACUUUGACAGGACAGGUCAGACUGUCAGGAUUAGGGAUGGAGCUAAACCAUCAGUCUUCAGUUUUCCGACUCAUCUACAAAGACCCGUUGCAACCAGGACUACACAAACCUCAAGGAAAGCUGAGGAAAGCCUGUUAGUGGACUGUUCUCAGCAUUUCCAAGAGACUGAUCCUCCUCUGCCUAAUGCUGACCACACCUAUGCAUUGCCUGCAUCUCCCACUGGUUUAAAGGCCAGACUCUGUGAAGCCUUGGCUAGAGUGGAGAGUCUGGAGCGAGAGAAGAGGAAUGUGAAGGACCGAGAACGGAGGGCAAAGAGCACUGUGCAUGAUCUUCUGGAGGAUCUGAAGGGGAAGAACCUCAUAAAUGAAGACUUGAAAGAGAGGCUCAAUUUCUACUCUGCAAUGUCAUGUUUUAGCGGUGAACUCAACUUUUGUCCUGAGUGUGGGAAUAUACUCCCAUUGCCUGGUUUACGGGAUACUAUCACCUGUCCCCGCUGCUCUUUCAAUGUCUCUGUUCGAGAAUUCACUGGUCAGGUUAUAAAGUCAUCGGUGGUUUUUAAUCCUUUGAAUCUGAGUUCCAGCGCUGUUGAGACUGAAGUAGAUGCAGAAUUAAAGGGACCAGUGAUUGACAGAAAAUGUUCCCGCUGUAAUAAAGAAGGAAUGGUUUAUCACACAAGACAGAUGAGAUCUGCUGAUGAAGGGCAGACAGUCUUCUUCACCUGUAUACACUGCAGGUACCAAGAAAAAGAAGAUUCGUGAGAAAGUUCUUCACCUGCCCUGUUGUAAUUUAUAAUUAUUGAUCAUCUGAGUGUUGAAUCGCAGUAUUGUGAAUUGUGUCAUGAAUCAAUUAGGUAUUGUGUGUGUUUUUUAUGGCUUUGUAUUUGAUGUGCAUGUAGUUUUAUAACAGCAAAAAGGAGUGUGUGUGUGUGUCUUUGUUCAUUUUUUUGUAUUUUAGAGGGGCAAUUAUAAUUUCAAAAAUAAACUAUA